AUGACUCUUAUCAGCAGCAAAGACAACAAACUCUCUUUCGGCAUUGAGCUGGAAGUGAUCAUCUGCCACAAGCAAUGGGUCGCGGAUCCUCCCAACACAUCCACCCUGGUUUCUCCUGAAGAGGAGGCUUUGAUGCCUGAGCUCAUGGAGGCACCUUGGGAUGCAUACAUUACUGAAUGGAUCGAGGAGAAACUCGAGAAAGUCAUCUUGACUGUUCCCGGAGCCAAGUUUCAGCGGGCGAGCUCGAGAGGUACAGAAUUGAUGCAGGCGCCAGGGCCUGAACUCCACCCCGAUAUCUACAUGACUCCGACAACAGCUUGGGCGGCCCAUCAAGAUGUCAGUGUGACCGACGACCGCGUUUAUGAACCGAAAGGACAAAAGGCAUCAAGCAUAGAGCUGGUCUCUGCUGCCAUGUGGGAUUGCCCUGCAGCCCAUCGCCAUGUCCAGGACAUUGUCAUUGCCUUGAGCACCCUUCUCCGUUGGCGGGUCAACAUCCGAACAGGCUUCCACGUUCACGUGGGUGCCGGUGCAAGAGAGCAAAUCGAUCCCGAGACGGGGGAGUUGGAAUGGAAGAGUGACAAAUUCGGCUUUGAGGCCUUUCAAAGGGCGGGCGCCUUGAUUUGGGCUGCCGAUCGCUUUUUGUACUGCGCCCACCCGCCAGAACGUCAAAUCAACACGUAUGCUCAACCGGUUUCAACCACGAGUCAGUUGGCCAACGGACAAGAAUUCCUCAGGGUCCUCGGGGAUGAGAACACACCUGUCGACGACGCGAAUGCGGAGUAUGGAAGAGACAGAAGGAAGGAGUUCAAACUUACCACUCGCUUUCCCGAUCCCACUUUACCUCCUCGUCCACCAACAGUGCCCGUGCCACCACCCUCCACCGUGCUGCGACAUGCCCUUCAUGGCAGGUCAGAGAGCUCCAGCACCAUGUUUCCAGCCAUGCGCCCAGCGCGGGUUCCAGCCGCUGCCUGGGACCGUAUUCGGCCUUAUGUUUACAACAUUCGCGUCCGUAGGGAGCCUGAGGACCUUGCCAAAAUUCAAAAGGCCGACAUGACCGUGGAGAAGGGCAUCGCUUACAUUCUAUGUGCGACCACCAGGCAUAGAGUUGCUAAGCUUCUCAGCUACGAAAAGGAUUAUUACAAUCGGCUCAACUACAACUUCGCCCACUACGACACAGAAAACGCCUGGAAGGGGUACAAUACAGUCGAAUUCCGCGAGGCAACUGGCGCCUUCGACCCAACCACCAUCGCCGCCUGGUCAAGCGUCUGUCUCGCCAUCUUCCGCUUCUGCACAACAGCCGACGAUGCUUCCUACUGGACCGUCGUCUGGAACCUCAUCGAUGCCCACAAUGCCGCGCUUGCUGGCGAGCCGCACAACUACGACAUGAUCUCCCUCAUGAUCGACUGCGGCGCCUUCGGCGAGGCCGGCUUCUUCGAGAAAUCUCUCCGCAAGCUGGGCGACAAGCACUGGUUCACCGGCGUCCAGAACAACCAAAGCAUCACCCCGAACGCCUCACUGGACAACUCUCCCGAAGCGCGUCAAGGGCCCGGCUUUUUCGAGUCGGACUGGCCUGUGACUAAGCAGGCUGGUGGUACAGCAGAAGUCGUCACUCCAACGCCUGCUCCCUCUCGACGGGUCUCGCUUGUUCCGAAGCCUCACACCCAUGCGGCUCACGCCACGGGCUGGCGUCCCCCCUUUGCCAUGGCGGAAACUGUGCCCACCUCUCCCGAUACAAAAGAGCUGAUGGGUCGGUGGGAUAAUUCUUCUACUCACAUAAAUGUGCCCCGCCCUGUCAAGGGGAGUAGAUCCUCUGCAGAGCACGAUGAUCUUAUGGCCAAGUGGAACAAGACCGUCCAAAGGAUUGUCGAUGACUACCAUGAUAUGCAUAGCAGGCUCGGGGCUAAGGCUGAUCAGUUUGACGCUAACUGGAGGGACUUGGGUUUGGGGGAUAGAAGGUGA